AUGCCUCGCAUGUCAUGUGCUCAUAAAAUGAGUGCCAACAAGAGGCUUGAACGGGUCGACAGCUUGAUGGCGUUUUUGAAAACCGCUACAUAUCAACAUAUGUCGGCAAGGUUGCAUGAUAUCUGGGCGGCUCCGCAGUCAACUAUCACCGAAGCCCGACUUCUCCUAACGCUAGGUAUGAUAGAUAGAUAUGCAUUCAUUCCGACAGUACUACUGCAACAGAAGUAAUC